GCUUCUUUACUGGAUGGACCAUUGCGUCUGUCCUAUAUUAUGGUACCUGCUCCUUUACUGGAUGGAUCAUUCUGUCUGUCCUAUGUUAUGGUACCUGCUCCUUUACUGGAUGGACCAUUGUGUCUGUCCUAUGUUAUGGUACCUGCUUCUUUACUGGAUGGAUCAUUCUGUCUGUCCUAUGUUAUGGUACCUGCUUCUUUUCUGGAUGGACCAUUGCGUCUGUCCUAUAUUAUGGUACCUGCUCCUUUACUGGAUGGAUCAUUCUGUCUGUCCUAUGUUUAUAUGGUACAUGCUUCUUUACUGGAUGGACCAUUGUGUCUGUCCUAUGUUAUGGUACCUGCUUCUUUACUGGAUGGAUCAUUCUGUCUGUCCUGUGUUAUGGUACCUGCUUCUUUACUGGAUGGACCAUUGCGUCUGUCCUAUGUUAUGGUACCUGCUUCUUUACUGGAUGGAUCAUUCUGUCUGUCCUGUGUUAUGGUACCUGCUUCUUUACUGGAUGGACCAUUGCGUCUGUCCUAUGUUAUGGUACCUGCUCCUUUACUGGAUGGACCAUUGCGUCUGUCCUAUGUUAUGGUACCUGCUUCUUUACUGGAUGGACCAUUGCGUCUGUCCUAUGUUAUGGUACCUGCUUCUUUACUGGAUGGACCAUUGCGUCUGUCCUAUGUUAUGGUACCUGCUCCUUUACUGGAUGGACCAUUGCGUCUGUCCUAUGUUAUGGUACCUGCUUCUUUACUGGAUGGAUCAUUCUGUCUGUCCUAUGUUAUGGUACCUGCUUCUUUUCUGGAUGGACCAUUUUGUCUGUCCUAUGUUAUGGUACCUGCUUCUUUACUGGAUGGAUCAUUCUGUCUGUCCUAUAUUAUGGUACCUGCUUCUUUACUGGAUGGACCAUUGUGUCUGUCCUAUGUUAUGGAAACUGCUUCUUUACUGGAUGGAUCAUUCUGUCUGUCCUAUGUUAUUAUGUCUCCCACCACACAGUGGUGUAGGAGACAUAUUGAUUUACUCCAGUCUGUGUGUGUGUGUGUGUGUGUCUGUCUGUCUGUCUGUCUGUCUGUCACAAAGCUUGUCUGCACUCUAAGUCGAACAUUUCUCAUCCCAUUUUCACCAAACUUAAAAUGUGUUAGACCAUAAGACCUCUGCUAAGUUCGAUAACUAGCCAAAUCGGUCCAGGCAUAUUGGAGUUAUGGCCCUUGAAUUACCAAAAAUCGGCCUUUUUACUGUUAGUCGAACAUUUCUCAUCCGAUCUUCACCAAACUUGAACAAAAUGUGUUUGACCAUGAGGCCUCGGCUAAGUUCGAUAACUAGCCAAAUUGGUCCAGUCAUUUUGGAGUUAUUGCCCUUGAAUUACCCAAAUAUCGGCCUUUUUACUCCUGUCCGCACUCUAAGUCAAAUAUUUCUCAUCCGAUCUUCACCAAACUUGAACAAAAUGUGUUUGACCAUGAGACCUUGGCCAGAUUCGAUAACUAGCCAAAUUGGUCCAAGCAUUUUGGAGAUACGGCCCUUGAAUUACCGAAAAAUCAGCCUUUUUACUCUUGUCCGCUCUCUAAGUCGAACAUUUCUUAUCCAAUCUUCACCAAACUUGAACAAAAUGUGUUUGACCAUAAGACCUCAGCCAAGUUCGAUAACUAGCCAAAUCCGCCCAGGCACUUUUGAAUUAUGGCCCUUGAAUUACUGAUUGGAUCCACUCGUCCAGACCAUCUAAUUGGAUCCACUCGUCUAAACCAUCUAGAGAAACUAGACAUUUUUUAUAGGGGCAGUUGUGGGAGACAUGCGCUUUUCUCAAAAGCAUCUCUAGUGAUACCAUGUUUUUAGCAGAUGGAUCACGGCUUCACCCGUGCAGAAAUAUUUUCCUGUUCUCAGAAAAUCCAUGGAUUAUCUUGGGAUAUCCGGAGAUUCUUUUAGCAAGGCUGCAUAAAAGUCCUGAAGACAGGACUUUAACAUUAAAAGACAGGACUUUUGAUGGAAAAAUUGUCCUGUUCACAGGAAAAACACAGGACUUUUUCUUAAAGAUACAGAUUGAAAGAGACACCACCUCGGUAGCCUAGUGGUAAAGCGUCCGCUUCGAGUGCGGGAGGUCGUGGGUUUGAUCCCUGGCCGCGUCAUACCAAAGACGUAAAAAAUGGUACUAGUAGCUUCCUCGCUUGGCGCUCAGCAUUUAGAGGGUAGUACUAGGACUGGUCAGCCCGGUGUCAGUAUAAUGUGACUGGGUGGGGUAUCAUGUCAUGUGUCUACGGCGUGAUAUUCCAGUGAGGCAGCACUAUAAAGUUGAGCAUUGUGCUCACUGCUACAAGUAGACACCGUCGUUCAUAUGACUGAAAAAUUGUUGAGAAAGACGUUAAACCCGAAUACACACACACACACACACACACAGAUUGAAAGAUGGUAAUUAAUUUGAAACAUGAUCUUGUAAUGGUCUAGUAAGUUAGUUACAUCCUGAUGUUGAAGACCAAUGUUUUGGGAAAAACUGUAUCAUUAAGCACUUGUGCUGUGGUGUUGUUGGUGUUAACAGGAAUAUAUUCCAUAUUUGUGGUAAGUUAACAAAUUAUUUCUGUAUAAACUUUUAGAAAUAAUACUGAAUAUAUUCCUUCAUUUAAUGAUUUUACAAAACAAUACUGUUAAGUUAUUUAGAAAAGUAUUUUCCUUUAAAAUCAGUCGGAGCAUUAAAAAGUGAAAUGUGUUAGUACUGUUAAGAUUAUCUGUACAUGCUUAACCAAAGACAGAAUGAAAAUAGCUUUUUGCUCAAUAUGAAGCUCAUAAUUUGAUGUUUCUAGACUAAAUAGUAGUAUUUACACCUAGUUUUUUGCUAUGUAUGCACAUAUUUGAGCUUAUUUAUGAUGUGCCAAGAAAUUGAUACUUCUGCUAUGACAGGUUGUAUUGUUUCAAUGUACAUGAUGUAUGCUUUUUAACUAGAAAAUAUUUUUUAAUAUUUGGAAAUGAUAAUUCUUAUUAUUCUUACUGUAAAUAAAACUGAAAUUUAACAUUCAUUCAAUUUGUUAACUGUAUUUCCCGCCAAAGAGAAUUUCAAAUCAUGUUUACAUGGUAUCCAUUUACCUCACCUCACCUCACCUCACCUAUCCUCUUCACACCCAUUGGUGUAUAAGGCCUUUGUAUUCAUUUACAUGUCCUGGAAUUUCCUGAAGACAGGACAAUUGUCCUGAGAUUUCCUGACAUCAGGAAUACCUGGGAUUUCAUGAAGAUAGGAUAAUUUUCCUGAAAUUUCCUGACAUUAGGAAUUCCUGGGAUUUCCUGAAGACAGGAAAAUUGUCCUGGGAUAUCCUGACUUCAAGAAUUCUCAAGACAUUCCUGGGAUUUCCUGAGAACAGGACAAUAUAUACCUUUAUUUCCUGACAUAAGGAAAUCCCAGGACAUUCCUGGGAUUUUCAGGAUAGCAGGACAGCAUAGGUUUCUUGGAGUUCUGGUGUCCUGUUUUUUUCCUGUUCAUAGGAAAAUCCUGGAAUUGUCCCCUUCCCAUUUAAUGGCUGAAAUGUCACAGGACUAUCCCAGGAAUUCCUGAGAUAUUUUCAGGAUAUUAUCCCAGGAUAGUCCUGGGACUUCCUGGGAUAAUGCAAGGAUUUCCUGUUCCUUUUUCGCAGGAGCUGAGCCCUGUGUUAUGGUACCUGCUUCUUAAACAGAAGGCUGACUGCUUCUGUCCUGUGCUUCCAUACCCGGUUCUUUAGCAGCUCAUUGUUUCUGUCCUAUGUUUCAUUACCUACUGCUUCUUUUCUGAGUUAUUAGCCCACCAUCAUCAGAUGGUGGGCUAUUCAAAUCACUCUGCGUCCGUGGUCCGUCAUCCUUCCGUCCGUCUGUCCUUCCAUCCGUUAACAAUUUCUCGUUAUCGCAUCUCCUCAGAAACUACCAGGGGGAUUUUGACCAAACUUUGUCAGAAUGAUGUAUUGGUACCCUAGUUGUGUCCCGUUGAAAAUCAGACUGGUUCAAAAAAGUUUUAGUUAGUUAUGGCCCUUUGUUUAUUUCUAUAAUUUACAUAGAUUUAUAUAGGGAAAAACUUUGAAAAUCUUCUUGUCCAAAACCACAGAGCCUAGGGCUUUGAUAUUUGGUAUGAAGCAUCAUCUAGUGGUCCUCUAUCAAGGUGAUUCAAAUUAUUUCCCUGGGGUCUAAUAUGGCCACGCCCCGGGGGUCACAUGGUUUAUAUAGACUUAUAUAGGGAAAAACUUUGAAAAACCUUUGUCCAAAACCACAGGGCCUAGGGCUUUGAUAUUUUGUAUGUGACAUCAUCUAGUGGUCUUCUACUAAGAUUGUUCAAAUUAUCCCCCUAGGGUCAAAUAUGGCCUAGCCCCGGGAGUCACACGGUUUACAUAGACUUAUAUAGGGAAAAACUUUGAAAAUCUUCUUGUCCAAACCACAAAGCCUAGGGCUUUGAUAUUUGUAAUGUAGCAUCAUCUAGUGGUUCUCUACCAAGUUUGUUAAAAUUAUCCCCCUAGGGUCAAAUAUGGCCCUGCCCUAGGAAUCACAUGGUUCAUAUAGACUUAUAUAGGGAAAAGCUUUUACAAUCUUCUUGUCAAUAACCUACAGCAUUCAAAUUUGGACCACAUGUAUGGUUUUGAGUGGCAAGAUGAUCCUUGACAUGAGUUGACCUUGAUUUUGACCUAGUGACCUACUUUCACAUUUCUGUAGCUACAGCCUUCAAAUUUGGACCACAUGCAUAGUUUUGUGCACUGAAAAAAAAUUUGACCUUGACAUUGACCUAGUGACCUACUUUCACAUUUUUGAAGGUACAGGCUUCAAAUUUGGACCACAUGCAUAGUUUUGUGUUCCUAAAUGAAAUUUGACCAAGAUUUUGACCCAGUGACCUACUUUCACAUUUCUCAAGCUACAGCUUUCAAAUUUGGACCGCAUGCAUGGUUUUGUGUACCGAAACAAACAUUGACCUUUACAUUGACCUAGUGACCUACUUUCACAUUUUUGAAGGUACAGGCUUCAAAUUUGGACCACAUGCAUAUUUCUGUGUUCCGAAAUAAAAUUUGACCUUGAUUUUGACCUAGUGACCUACUUUCACAUUUCUCAAGCUACAGCCUUCAAAUUUGGACCGCUUGCAUAGUUUUGUGUACCGAAAUGAACUUUGACCUUAAGAUUGACCUAGUGACCUACUUUCACAUUUCUGUAGCUACAGGCUUCAAAUUUAGACCACAUGCAUAAGAUUGUGUACCGAAACAAACUUUGACCUUGACAUUGACCUAGUGACCUACUUUCACAUUUUUGAAGGUACAGGCUUCAAAUUUGGACCACAUGCAUAGAUUUGUGUUCUGAAGUGAAAUUUGACCUUGAUUUUGACCUAGUGACCUACUUUCACAUUUCUCAAGCUACAGCCUUCAAAUUUGGACCACUUGCAUAGUUUUGUGUACCGAAAUGAACUUUGACCUUAAGAUUGACCUAGUGACCUACUUUCACAUUUCUGUAGCUACAGGCUUCAAAUUUAGACCACAUGCAUAAGAUUGUGUACCGAAACAAACUUUGACCUUGACAUUGACCUAGUGACCUACUUUCACAUUUCUCAAACUACAGUCAAUAAGUCUUGAAAUUUGGAACACUCAAAAAUGGCACAUUGGUGGGCGCCAAGAUCACUCUGUGAUCUCUUGUU